AUGAAGUUAUCGCUGUGUCCCCUUGGGCUGAUAGCCGUCGUUGCAGCACAGAGAAGCUCACUCGACCUCAACCAACCAACUCCAACAAUCGACCUUGAUCCAACAGAAACCCCCACCUCAAUCAUCAACAUCGAGCCCACAUCCACAGAAAGCCUUAGCACCGGGCCCAUAGACCCUGGCACAGCUUGUGCACAGGUUUCCGAGUUAGUCUCGAAUGACAAUAAUGAGUACCCAGUCGUUGCAGCGGAGCUUGCCCACGCCUGUCUACAGUCUAUACCGAUAGUCCAGGACGACGCGGCGCUCACAAUAGAAGCAAUUAAGAAAAUGGUCGAGUUUCAAUCCACAAUCACCUAUCUCAAGGAUCCGCCAAAGGGAUGGCCCAACGAGCCCGUGGACUUGCUUGCGGGACUGGACGAUAUUGGCAGAAGAGUCAACAGCAGUGAAUACAGCAACGAGUACGAUUUCGAGAGCGAUAUUGCUGCUUUAUUCGUCAAGGCGCACGAUGGCCAUCUAAACUGGAACGGCAUGGCGUACUCUGCCGCCUUCCAGUGGCGCAGAAAUAGUAGGUUUGCGCUGAUUUCUGCAUCGCAAAAUGGAAGCGAUAUACCGCAGGUCUGGGCCUACCAGGACUUCAACAAUACGGGUAGUAGCUAUGUUCCCUCGCCCGUUGUGCAGAUCAAUGGGAAAGACGCGGUGCAGUUUCUGCAGGACGAGGCCAACUUGAACUCGUACCAUGAUCCGGAUGCGAGAUACAAUGCCAUGUUCCUCAUGCAGCCGGCGGAGAACUACGGAUACUUUACCAAUCCGAGGUUCUAUCCGGGCCCGGUGACAAACUUGACGUUUGGAAAUGGAACGCAGAGGGAAUCGAGCAACUUUGCGGUUGUUCUACAGCCGACCUCGUGGGCGUACAUUGACGGCCCAGACUCCUUUUAUGAAAUAUAUGUGAUUCCCGACCCCAGCCGUACUCUGGUCAGGAAGAGAGACCCCAAUGCGCUUCCGAUGCAUCUUGAGAACCCGCGAGACCACGAGUUUCGCGGCUCGUUUGCGCUACGACAUGGCUCUGUGCCUGUGGCAUAUCCCAACCCCAAAGUCUCGCAUUCAGCCGAACUCGUCCCUCUUGCCGGAUACUUUCUGCAUCUCGGGGGCCAGGAAAUCGGGGUGCUGGUAGUGCAGACGUUCAACACGGACGAUGUAGAAGGGGCACAAGAGUUCCAGCAAGUGGUGCAGUCGUACAUUAGCGAGGCCAAAUCGCGAGGCGUCGAAAAGCACAUCAUCGAUGUACGCGCAAACGGGGGCGGGAAAAUCCUCUCGGGAUACGACAUGUUUAGGCAAUUCUUCCCCAGCAAAGAACCCCAGACACAAUCGCGCUACCGCGGCCACGCAGCCAGCGAGUUAUUCGGACAAAGCAUUUCCUCCUUUCGCACCAUGACCAGUUUGAACGCCGAACUCUUCACCAGCCCCUUUAGCAACGACGCCUACCUCUCGUCUGAACUCGAGGAAUUCGCGGAUUGGAAGGCCAUGUACCCGCCCGAGCCAUUCCACAACGACAAGUUCACCGCGCUACUCAAGUACAACCUCUCCGACCCCAUGACGACAACCAACGAGCGUCUUGCCGUCGGCAUCUCCAUCACCGGCUACGGUGACCGUGCCAACUUCACAGACGAUCCGUUUCGCGCCCAAGACAUGAUCAUCCUCUCCGACGGCGUGUGCGCCUCGACCUGCAGCAUCUUCGUCGAACUCAUGGCCCAACAAGCCGGGGUACGGACACUGGCUGUAGGCGGGCGACCCCAGCCCGGCCCCAUGGUACCCGUGGGCGGCACAAAGGGUACUCUUGUCCUCCCCUCCAUCUACCUACAAGCCCUCUCCCUCUACAUCCUCACGCAAUUCGCGCAAGACAGCGGACAAGUCAACGAAUGGGCCGCAUUUCUCCCAACCCCGUUUGCCAUUGGCGUACAAGACGCGAGCGUAAACUUCCAAGACAAUAUCCGUGCGGGGCUGGAGCGUGGAGGCCUGCCAACCCAGUUCCUCAAUGAUACGGCGAGUUGUAGGAUCUGGUAUCAGCCGGACAUGUACACGAAUGUUACGAGGCUGUGGCAAAGGACGGCGGAGGUGGCGUUUGGGGGGCAGGAUGGCGGGUUGGAUGAGGGUGCUUGUGUGGGUGGGAGUGUGACGAGUAGGGAGCAGCAGACGGGCAAGGGGGAGGAUAAUCCUACGAGUAGCAAUGGGGAUGCUCAGCGUGGGAGUGAUGAGGAGGAUGGAGCAGGUCUUGUCAGGCCGACGUGGACGGCAGUGCUGGUAUGUGCAGCGGCUGUGAUGGUAUCUUGGGCAAUGCUGUAA